AUGCAGAUAUUCUAUCCAUAUUCAUUGCAAGUCUACCAGAAUGAAUUCCCUGGCCCAGAUGCCAAUGAUUGUCCUCGGGAUAUCACUCUUGAAAAAGCAAAGAAAAUAAAGUGCAAUAAUUGGGAACAUCCAGACAGCUAUGGUCAUUACAGAGAAGUUAGAUAUGUGAUGACUAAACAUCACUGGUUCUGGAAGCUUCAGCAUGUGUUUUCUGGACUGGAAGCUACCAAGGACCACGAUGGAUUAGUUCUCUUGCUAGAGGAGGAUCAUUACAUGGCACCAGACUUUUACCCAAUGCUACAAAAAAUGUACCUUCUGAAGAAAGAGAGCUGCCCGGAAUGCGAUAUACUGACCCUAGGAGGCUAUGAUAAAACAUUCAUUUAUAAAGACAGAAAUGACAAGGUGGACUCUUUAGUUUGGCACUCUGCCAAGCACAACAUGGGUAUGUCAUUGGAUAGAAAGACAUGGGAAAAACUACAGCCAUGUGUGCAGCAAUUUUGUACAUACGAUGAUUAUAACUGGGAUUGGACAAUGAAUUACGUAAGCCAUAAGUGUCUGUCUUCACCGUUCCAAGUGAUGGUCUUCAAAUCUCCCAGGGUCUUUCAUAUUGGAGAAUGUGGCAUUCACCAUACUGGGAAAGGCAAGUGCAGUGCUGACGAGCUGGUUAAGAGAAUAGACUCCACAUUGGAAACAAACAAGGACAGUCUCUUCCCUAAGAGUCUCAUUUUAACCCCCAAGACACGACCUCUAAAGUCUCGACUACCAAAGCCCAACGGUGGCUGGGGUGAUAUUAGGGACCACACGCUCUGCAUGACAUAUGGCAAAGGUUCUUCUAAGACAGUAUGAUAAAGGCUGAAAGUUUAUACCAGUAGGUGUUCACACUGAGAAAUUAGUGCGCUUUGAAACAUGGUUCUAUUUUAUUUGUCCUAAUUUUUACAGAGGGGAAAUGUAACCAGCUGCAUUAGUUUGAUGGUCAAUGAAGAGCCAUAUAUAUGGCUAUGUAUCGAAGGGCAAAUAUAGCAAGAUUUGUAGGCAGAGGUUAAUGCAUGAAUGCAACAUGUCGUACCAUCUAAGAAAUAGACUUUUACAUUGUGUUAUCAUUAUCGAUAAUGAAAGCAUGUUACUAUAUCUCAAGGAUAAAAAAAAACAUAAAGCCUUUGAUGAAAAUUGAGUCAUUGCAAUUAAUAUUGAGCCACCAGGUUCACAAUUGCAAAAAUAAAAAAUAAGACAUUAUAAUAGUAUGCAUUUUCAAAUCGCUUUUAUUUCUCUGUGUGUGAAUCCUACUCUUAAUUUUUUAAGGUGUACAUGUACUGUAUAAAGAAAGAAUCUCCAUUGUGCCAAAUGUGAGUAUAGAGAUGAGAAAUCCAAGUGAUGUUGUCCUAUUGGUUAUUAAAUGAUCAUGACCCUUCAUUUACAUGAUCUCAAUUCAAAGCUUUAUUGGACGUUUUAAGCAGAUGGAUUUUGAAGUGGAAAAUUGAGUUUGUCCAACUCCAAGCAAUACUGAGAUGGAAAAUCAUCCAUCUGGGGAGUGUUUCAUCAACAUUUUUGUCCGACAAGUUGUCAGAUCUGACAUCUUUCCAUGAUUUUGAUUGGCAGAGCGGCACUGUUCCUAUGGUAAUUGUCGGAUAAAAUGGGACUUGUCAGAUAAAACGUCUGACAAGUCCUUUCAUGAAACGCCCCCCUGGUACUUCAUAACUAGGGCUGAAAUCAGAUUGUACAUUGAUGUGCACAACGUUCCAAAGCUGGUAACUAUUGUAUAGUGUUCUUACAUAGUGCCAAUGUCAAUUCAAUAUGUUUCUCAAGGUGCUGUGCAAUUAUUACACCAACAUUAGCAUAGCUUCCCAUGAGGCCUUUUGGCAUUUCAUGGUAUAAAUUCAUGUUGGGUACCUCUUAACCUCACCUGGGUCGAAAUUGGCAAAUGUAUAUCUUGUGGCAUGUCGGGUCUGUCUGAGUCAGUCAGUCAGUCAGGCACAACAAAUCUAACCAUUGCAUUUGUAUUAUGGUUUGUUUUUCAUCUAUUCUGUCUUUGUUGUUCACAUAACUAUCAGAGAUACAAAUUUGGGGUAUUUUGUUUAAUCAUUCUAUGUUAUUUACAAUAUAGAAAUUUGUACUUUGAAUAAAUGAAAUUGAACUUUGGACAUAGGAAUAAGUUUGUUAAACAUCUUAUUUGUAUUGACUCCAUAGCAGAAACAAGACAUAGGUAGAGAAUUUUAAAUUGUUGGACAUGUGGAAAUAAAAUAUUUCUUGAUGUGUUUCUCAAGUUGCCAUGUUCCCCAACAUUUAUUUAUCAGAAUACCAUAUUCUUAUUGGUAAAACUCCAGUCGGAAAGGGGGGUUCAACUUUUUUCCAACUCGACUCAGCCAAAUAUUUUUAAAGGAACGCUUAUGCAGUAAUGAAUAUUGUUGUUUGUAUAGAGUGUUUUAUUGAUGCGUCUAUAACACAUUUUUGUCUUCAUCAAUUGCCUUUUCAAUACAAGAGCGUAUUCAACAGUCUAGCGUGCAUGUGCAAAUGCGUGAAAUAUACAACGCAUACAACGAUGAAAGCAAUGUGAUAUGCAGCAUACAUGUAGUACAUGUAAAUCGCAUUUCAACAAUGAUCUUAUAAAGUGAGGCCAUAUUAACUGAUUGUCAUAAGUGACAUGUCUUGCUAAGUCAAAUUUUUCCCUCUUUUGGGGGUGGGGGAUAGAUAAUAAUAAUUAUAUUGGAUGGCUUUGAUUUCAUGGGAUACCAGAAAUUAUAAAUAUUCCACUCAUCUGCGAUACACGGAAUAUUUGCCCUUACUCUUGGAAUACUUCUGGUAUUCUGUUCUGAGCCAUCCAAUAUAUAAGUACUGUAAUGUGUGUGCUAUCCUGUACUGACUAUAUAUAUUUAAUAAUGUGUGAAUUAUUCAUUGAUUUCCUCUUAUAUUAUGAGACAUUCCCAUCAUAGAUUAUAUACUCUAAUAUUACCAACAAAGAUAGGUUGAAGUUGACCAAGUCCUGUUGCAGAUUAUAUUUUUAUGCCAUAUCUUAUUGAUUUAAUUCUGCUCCAUUAGUUCUCGAUACAACAGUGCAUUGUACAUUUUAGGGAGCCAAAUAUGGACAUAAUACAAGAUAAAUUAUUAGAGAAUUUUCAGGCUUGAAUACAAUAUAUAUUUACAUGUUUGCCCUAUGAUUGUAUGUAAUGCCAAACCAAAAUGAAAUGAUAAAAUGUUUGUUAUGAACACGGCAGAUAUGAUGUUUGUUAUUUUACAAAUCACUUUGUAUUAUUUAUAUUCCAAAUAUGAUAUACAUGUUACUAUGAAUAAGUCAAAUCUCUUACACAAUAUUCAACUUCGAAAAUGUAAUUGAGACAUCUUUGCAUAUUCUGGUUUGAAAUAACGCUUCAAGUUUUGGAAAUUUUUUGACUUAUGGAUGGUCUACAGUGAUUGCAAAUUGAAUAUGCUUGAUGAUUUAUUGAACUUUUUUCAUUGAUAUUUUUUUGUAUGAAGAGUACCUAUAUGUGCCUUGUGUUAAUCACUAUCAAUAAUUCUUUAAUGUAAGUAUGUGUUCUUGUUGCGGCAGUUAUAGAUAAAAGUGAGAUAAGUAAGCCUCCAUUUCUGUGUUAUAAAAUUUUUUUUUUUUCUUUCAAAUUUUGUAUUUACCAUGAUUUUGAGACUAAGGGAUCCAAAUGUCGUCCGUCCGUCAGUCACAAACAUUAUGACACAUAAGUCUUUAACUGUAAGUCACAUUUCAUUUUUAACCAAACUUGGAUGGUAGAUGUACUUAGGGGACCUGCAUGUUGUGCUGCAAUCAGAGGUCACAUGGUAAGGUCAAAGGUCAUUUUCAGGUCAAAGUUAAAGUUUACGUGCAAGACUCUUAUGACACAGAACUCUUCAACCGUGAGUCAAUUUUCAACGAAACUUGGAUGGUAGAUAUACUGAGGAGACCUGCAUGUCAUGGCGCAAUCAGAGGUCACAUGGUAAGGUCAAAGGUCAUUUUGAGAUCAAUGUUAUGACACAACUCUGCAACCGUAAGUCACUUUUAUACCAAACUUGGGUUGUAGGUGUACUUAGGAGACCUGCAUUUUAUUGUUUUCGGAGAUCACAUGGUAAGGUCAAAGUUCAUUUUGAGGUCAACAUUAAAGUUUAUGUGCAAGACUCUGUUGCGCGCCCUCGCAAAUUACGAUAUUUCUGGUUAUUUUCAUAAGUGGACGAGACACAAAAUCGAUUAUGCCUUGUUCUGCAUUAAGCCCUGUGCCCACUGAUAAUGGAGAAAAUUUGAUUAUAAAAAAUCCUAAUGAUCAAAGUACUGAAUAGUGCUAUAAAUGCUUAAACUAAAUUUUAGUCUGUUGUCAGCCUCAUUUUUGGAAUAAAGCAAAUUUGAUUCCAAAUCGUAGUGACGUCAUAGCAACCUACAAUUUAAAGCUGAUUUGGACUUUACUUCGACCACAUGGUAAAGCAGAAUUUAGAUUUUACUAUUCCUAGCAUUACCCUAAGCUAAUUAAUUUACUUGUGUGGACUUUGAUAGGCAAAAUGUGAUUUCUUAGAAAAUUGGGUCUCAUUGGACAUGUUUUUUUUUUGUUGUUGCAGACAUUCAAAUCAUGAAUUUGAAGUUAUCUUCAUCUGGCUACUAUUCACCUGAAAUCAUCUUUAUAUUUUGGUUGUUUUUUGUAUAGAGAAGCCUUGGUGCUGAGAAGAGGUGAUUAGAGUAAUAAUCUCGUGCUUGGUUAAAGAAUGAUAAUAUGCAUUUUAAUAUUUGAUUUGUAAUUUUGUAAUACAGAUUUUAAGGUUUUUACUUUAGCAUUACACAAUUUCCAGUUUAUUUCAGCAAUUUUUUUUUGUUUUACAGUAUGGCAGAUGAAUGGAGGCUUCAGAUUAGUCAUGUAUUUACAUGUAAUUAUAUAUUAUGUAAUGUACUAACAGCUGGUCUGAAAAUGUGUAUUAACUAUCUUUUAUGCAAUGCUUUGCUUUGUGAUUUUAUUUCUUUAUAGCACAAUUGUGAUUUGUUUAUUCUACCAGAGUAUAUGAAACAUUUUGAAAAGUUAUUCACUGCAUGAAUAUAAUUUGGAUAAUUUAUAAUUCCAUGAUGAAAAUUGCAUGUUUAUUAGAGAUCAAUGUCAUUGCAAAAUUCCUCUCUUUCUACAGUUAUAAGUUUCAGACUGUAAAGUCCUCCUGACGUAGUGGAAAUAUUUUGAUGCUUAGUCAGUGGGGCAUCUGUUUUCUUAGGGAAUUUCACACCAGGAUAAAAAUCACACAUGGUCGAUGGGAUUUAUUACUAGCAGAUGUUAUGUAAUGCCAUUUAAGUCAUCUCACUUUCCCUUGCCGGACUGCUGCCCAAGGCUAGUUAGGCAUGGUUUUAAGUACAUCGAGUUUGCUUUCCCCCAGAAGAUGUCUCUGUUACAGGGAAUCCAAUGCUUUUAACAAAGUCUUGAGAUCAGCAAAUAAUAAUCCAUUCCCCAUGAUAGCUGAUGCCCUUUUUAAAGGAUGAACAUGAAGACCUGUGAAUAUGUCUGUCCUACAUGUAAAUAUCCAAGGCCCAAGAUACACAUACACCGAAAGGUGGACCGAGGCCGGUCAAAGGCGAUUCGACGUAUAUGCUCACUAUUUUUGAUUGCCGAACCGGACUAGGUACACCUACAUGUAUAGGCGGCUUUACCACUGUACUAGAAAUAGGUUAAUAGCCAACAGUAGUUAUAGCUAUUCAAUAGAAAAUGUUAACAUGAAAAGACAGACACCCGUGUCACUUGAAUGGUCAUCAUGGAUAACGAAUCUCAGACCGGUUCAGUCUACUUCUGAUACGUGUACACGCACCAAAUUGCGGGCUUGAGGCCGGCAUCAGCUCUAGGCAGCUUCAAACCCAACGCAUGUGUAUCUUGGGCCUAAGAGAUGUAUCAAGCGUGUAAAUGUGGUAUAUUUUUGUUUCUUUAUAAAUUACUAGUAGAAUGAGGUAUGUUACGAACCAUAGGUGACUGUCUACUUGCAUUUACAGUGGUGCUCAAAAUUUAAUGAACCCCACCUGAAAAUGAACAUAUUUGAAUUGUUCAUGUUCUGCCAUGUUAUAGAUAUUCAAUUGUGAGGUCUGGUGAUAAAAUGAUUACAUUCAAUAAAGUUUGUUUCUCUGGGCUCACCGAACAUUGUAGUGUUGUUGUCAACAUUCAACACUCAGUAUGAAGGAGUGCAUUUUGUGAUGGGGUUUACUAACUUUUUAGCACAAGUAUAUAUCUAUGGAAAUUGCUUUAUAAUGAAAGGAACCGAGGCAUUCCUGGUUGAAGUAAGAACUAAACAAAAUGAAAAUGUGAAGAAAAAAAAUACCAGGGGCCCCAUUUCAUAAAAAGUUAGAACUGUUGUAACUUUGCCAUUAUGACAACUACCAUGGUAACAGAGCUUAGCAGCCAAUCAUAAUCAAGGUGUCCAUGGUAGUUACCAUAAUGACAAACUUACCAUACAUGUAGUUUUAACUCUUAAUGUUUUGGGCCCGGGUGGGUGUUUCAUAAAGCUGUUCGUAAAGAUGCGCACGACUUUACACACAACUUGAACAUAUUCUUGGGUCAUAAAUCAAUUACAUAGAGAUAUCACAUAGCAAAAUAAAGGAUCACCAGUCGUGUGUAAAGUCAUUCCUAUCUUACGAAAAGCUUUAUGACACACCCACCAGGUGUUUGAGUGUAAGUUACGAAUGAUUUGUGAUCUAUUGUGUGGUUAAUCAUGUUCACUAUUGGUGCUGAUUAAGCUCUUUAGAAAGGAUAAGUCGUUCCUAACUAACAAACAGGUUUAUGAAACGCCCCUGUUUAAAAUAAGAAUGUAAUAGAGUCGGGAUAGGGCCUACACAGAAUAACUUGAACCAAAUCUGCUACAUCAUUGUGUAACGAUGUUGGAUCCUAACACAGCAUGUGCCGAUAGAGUAGUAUCGCCUCUUUAUCGGGGCUGACCCUUUUAGUCAUUUAUAUAUUUAAGUUGGGAGUUCAAAUUUUAUCAUUUGCUGCUAUUGAACUUUAUUAGGUUAUUUUAACUUCAUGUGCAAUGGAUUUUAAUAUGGUUGUAGGGAAAUGUUAAUUACCAUUGAGUGGCAUGUAUUGUUUCUGAUGUAUCAUUUUCUGUGUUUCAAUGUAAUUUGUCAAACUAUGAAUAAAGAUUGGAUGUAUAUUGAAACAA